AGCACCCCAGCAGCACCUCGCGGGGGCGUCGGUCGGUACACCAAAGCCGCAGGCUGGUCCAAUACUACUCCAUUCCACUCGUCAUCGUGAAACUCGCUAUUUCACGCUUUCGUCAUAACUUCCGCAGAUUAAAGCCUGUUAGGGCAGCCAGCCCUCCCCCUCACCCCAACCUUCCGCAGUUCCAAACGGCGGCGCGUACCCCCGUCCCCUAAGUUACGCUUGGGUUAGGUUACGACUCGCAAAGGGCCCAGGAACGUCGCAAAGCUCCCAAGUACCGACGCGGAGCCAUGUGCACGCCGCGCAUCAUGUGAGCCCGCGCAUCCCAACCGAGACCCGCCAACCCGUGCAUUACACGAGGUACUGUCGCGGCCAGCGCGCCACGUUUCCCAGCAGCAGGAAUGAUGGCCGCGGAACCCGCGCCUAAUUCGGCGGAAGGACAAUCCUCCCAGCCCCCCCGCGCGCCGGCCUUCGUCAGGCAGUCCCCGCGCGGAAGGAGCUCUUCCGCCAUCCCCCCCCCCUCACCCCCUGCGCGGAUAGCAAUUUUCGACGGGAAGGCGAUCCGGCGGCGGAUGCACGACGACGCGGCGUUCUCGGCGUUCCUGUCGCACGAGUUCGACCGCCUCGACGCCGACGGCAACGAAGCGCUCUCGCUCGGCGAGUUAAAGCCGGCGCUGCUGCGGCUCGGGGAGCUGCUAGGGCUGCCGCCGGCCGGCACGGCGCGCGAGACGGACGAGCUGGUGGAGGGGCUGUUCGCGUCGUUCAUGUCGCCGGAUCUCACGGAGGAGAUUGGGCGGGAGACGUUUGUCGGGAUUUGCAAGGACAUUCUUCGCGGCGCGAGCCACGCGCUGGAAGAGGACCCGCUAUCCGCGCUGCUGUACGACGGUGGCGCGCUGCGGAGAAUCGUGGGCAGCGCGGAGGAGGCGGAGGCGGUGAUCGCGGCGCUGUUCGCGGAGCUGGACGCGGACGGCAGCGGCCGCAUCUCCCGCCACGAGCUGCGGCCCGCGCUCGUGCGACUCGGGCUGAACAAGGGGGACAACUCCACGGGGGAAGCGCUCGAACACACGGAGCGCGUGCUGGACCGCGUGAUCGCGCGCUACUGCGAGGACGGCGACGGCGAGCUGAGCUGCGAGGAGUUCGCAGCGCUCGUGGUGGACAUCUCCAGGGAGCUCGAGGCGGCGCCGCUGUACCUGCCACAACGGGCGACUGUGCUCAAUGGCGCUUAUAUAAAAAAGAUCCUCAGCGACGAUGACUUCUUCACGGCGGUGGCAGACGCCAUGUUUGACGACUGGGACGUCGCUGGAAAGGGCUUCCUGGUGUGCAGCGACGCCCUCGCCGGCUUCCGAAAACUCGGCCUCGCAUACGGUCUUCCCCCUGCUGACGCGCCCGAGGCCGACAAGGUCUACACCUCCCUCUUCCUCUCUGCUGAUGUCAACAUGGACGGGUCGGUAGAUAAGGAGGAGUUCCGUGCGGUGCUGCGGUCGCUGUUUGUGGGCAUGCAACUGCAGCUGGAGGAAAAGCCGGUGGUGGUAGAAUCUGCGGUUCUUUCCAAGCUGACCGAGACAGAGGUUUUUGACGGGCAGAAGAUCCUCGCGCUGCUGCAGGAGAACGGCGGGCAGCGCGUGCGAAAAUUCCUGGAGGAGAAAUUCACAGAGAUGGAUGAAGGCGGGAGAGGGAGGUUGAGUCGAGAGGAGGUGCACUUAGUGCUGGAGCAAGUCGAGCAGAUGGCGGGGCUGCCGUCGCCGGGCCGUGCGGGCGAGGUGGACCGGCGGGUGGAGGCGGAGUUUGAGGCGAUGUUCAGGGGGGGGGAGGGGGCGUGGGAGGGGGGGAGCGAGGCGGGCGUGGGGCGCGAGGAGUUUGUGGAGAGCAUGAUGCGGCUGCUGCAGCGCGUGGGCGAUACGCUGCACGACGACCCCAUUCUGCUGUUUAUGGCGGACGGGGCGAAGAUGCAGCGGCUGAUGGCGGAGGAGAGCGAGUUCGCGACCUUGGUGGAGGUGCUCUUCUCCAGCCUUGACAAGGACGGCAGCGGCACCGUCUCCGCCAGCGAGCUCAGGCCCGCGCUCUGCUCCAUGGUGCACAGCGUCGGCAUGCCCUUCUCUGCUCGCAGCACGUCGGUGGAGUCGCUGGUGGCGCAGCUGAUGAUGACGCACGGCCAUGGGCGCCUGGACCUCAACAGGGACCAGUUCAGCGCCUUCGUGCGGGACACGGUGUCUGACCUGGCAGCCAGGCUGGCAGCAAAGCCGGUCUACGUGGCACAGGAGGGGCAGGUGCUAGACGGCAGCAAGCUCAGACAGAUCCUGGGGAACCGGCGGCUGUUCCAGCGGGUGUGUGAGGACACCUUCACCUCGUGGGACAUGGCCAAGAAGCGCUGCCUUACGCGCGCUGACAUCAGCGCGGGGCUGGCGCGGUCGGGCAUGUCGUGGGGGCUGCCGCCGCACAACGCGCGGCAUGCAGAGCAGCUGUACGAGCGCUUCUUCCUCAAGGCCGACCUGGACCGGUCGGGGUCCAUCGAGAGGGCGGAGUUCAAUGUGUUCAUGAGGGGGUUCUUUAGAUCCAUGGCGGAUGAACUGGAGAAGAACCCUGUUGUGGUGCAGGCUUCGGUGGUUACCACCUGAACGCUGGUCUGGUCACUGGUAGGAAUAGGAUCAUGUUUUGAGUGAAGCCCUUCACAUGCUGUUGUAGUACUACUGGCAAUUAGGUUUUCUGUAAUGCUGUGUUUUUCCUAA